AUGCUUGGUCGACCGGCCAUGGGAUCCCACCCGCCAUCCACGCCACUCUCAGGCCCAGUGAAUGGUCGCUCCCUACGAGUGGAGUCUCCAACUGGUGAACAGUCCUGGGGUGCUUUCUCCUGUGUCGAGGGGUUUGUUGCCACUCCGAAUGAAUUUCUUCAAAAGAGGAUGAUUCUACUUCCUGAGACUGUCGACGGAUAG